AUGGACCGCGCGCUGUUGAUAGCAGACAUGCUGGAGCCGCCGCGGCCGGGGGCGGGCCUGUUCCAGCACCUCUCGGGCCGCGGCUUCCUCACGAUCACCGGGCGCUACCAGGGGGUGCCUGUGUCCGUCGUGACCACCCUCAUGGGGAUGGCCAACAUGGACUUUGUCGUCAGGGAGUGCCGCAGCGUCGCGGACGGCCAGAUGGCGGUCGUGCGGCUGGGGACGUGCGGCGCGCUGCGGCCGCCGGCCAAGCUGGGGGACCUCCUCGUCGCGGCGGACGGCGCGGUGUGCGUCAGGCGCGACCCCGACGCCUGGACCCUCAACGACGGCCGCGCCCGCUACCCCGUCUCCGCCGCCGUGCCGCCCGACCCGCUGCUCACCUCCCUCCUGACCGACGCGUGCCGCCGCGAGGUGGGGCCAAGCAGGGUGGUGUGCGGCCUCGACGCCACCGCUGACAGCUUUUACGGGUCCCAAGGCCGCACGGGCGGCCCCUUCGACGACCAGAACGAGGACCUCAUUUCGGACCUCUUGGCGGCGAGGCCGGACCUGAUCAGCCUCGAGAUGGAGACGUUCAAGCUGCUGCACCUGGCGGCGUGCAGCAAGGGCAGCGUGCUGGGCGCGGCGUUCUGCAUCGCGCUGGCGGAGCGGUACAGCAACAGCUUCCUGGAUUCCGCGACUGUCUCAGAGCGGGAGCUGCAGGGCGGCCGCGCGGCGCUGGCCGCGCUCGCGGCGAUGCCCCUCGCGGACGACGCGUCGACGCUCAACGGCAGCAGCCCGCACGCGCGGCCGGCGGGCGGGUACGUAUGGGAGGCGUCCUAUGCGGAGGCGCCCGGCGGCGGUGGCAGCGGCGAGGCCGUCGGGAAGGAGGCGCUCAGGCGGGCCGAGAAGCUGUUGAUGAAGGGCGGGCGCUGA